AUGGCGGCGCGGACGCAGCUGGGAGACAUUCAACUAAACCCUGCGUCGUCAAGAUCCUUUUGGGGAGAACGCGUCUCUGGCCACGUCUGCACCUCUGCUCUCUCUGUGCACUGCUACAUUUUGGGGAUAAUGGAGCCUCUCAGUCCUGGUGCAGAUCUCGGCCCUGAUCUGAGCUCUCUGUGUCGCUCUGAGGAAGAAUCUGAAAGGAAGACGAUGAACAAACCUGGAUCUAAAACCAAAACAAAAUCUAGACCGGCUUCUAUUCCCAGCUGUGAGUCUCUGAAGAGCAACGAGCCCAAAGAGGCGAUAAUCGACUCUAAAAGGUUUGUUUCUUCCUGA